AUGUUUGCUUCAUUUCCUCGUUUACUUGGCGAUGUGACCCCUUCCGUUGCUGAGAUAUUGCCCAAUAACGUUCUUUCAGCAUUUCCUGGUGGCGAAUGGAACACGUUCAAUCCAACAACAUCAUCAGAGAACAUGGAAAAUCGUUUCGUUAAUGUAAAUGCUGUUCUCACUGAUUCGCACAACAAUCUCUGGGUUGUUGAUAGCGGCAUGAUUGGCAAUAAAACGACCGUGAACGCUGCAAAACUUGUCAAGAUCAAUCUUCAAAACAAUACAGUCGAAAGAAUUUAUUCAGUUUCAAGUCUCAACCCGCCGGAAGGAUUUGCUCUGAAUGAUGUGAGAAUCGGUUCUCAUUAUGCUUUUCUGACCGAAUCCGGACUCGGCUCAGUAGUUAUUAUUAAUUUACAAACUGGUCAAGUGCGCCGUGUUCUAGACAAUCAUCCAUCAACUAAAUUUGUUGAUCCAACUGUCGUCCGCAUGGAAGGACGAGCGAUCCUAGAUGAAAAGGGCCAACCGAAAAAAAUGCACAACAAUCAUCUCGAACUAACACCUGACGAGAAAACUCUGUUCUAUAAACCACCAUUCGGUUAUAAUUGGUUUCAAGUAUCUACCGAUGAUUUGACAAAUGAAACAAUGACCGAAUCUGAACUUGGGAAUAAGGUUUUCACUAGUUGGAAAGCGAUGCCCACCGGUGGAACAACAAUGGAUGAUGCAGGUAAUAUUUACCUGAUGGAUAUAGAACGACAAACUGUUUGGCAACAGAAUUCCGUUGAUGGAUCGUGGACACUACUUAUACAUGAUGAAAGAAUCAACUGGGGUGAUGCAUCAGAUGUAAGUGCAGACGGAUUUUUGUAUAUCCCAAUGUCACAAAUUAAUCGCUUACCGAGUUCCAACAACGGUACAAAUCGAGUCGAAAAACCAUUUCAGAUGUCGCCCUCUAAAUUUGAAUCACUUCCGAAUGAAAUAUUAACUGAUAUUAUUGAGAAAUAUGUGAAUGGUGUUGAUCUACUAAGAGCUUUUAGCUUUCAACUCAAUCAACGAUUUGAUUCACUUAUUAUUCAAUCUCAACGACUUCGUUUUGAUUUUAUUCAAUGCUAUCAAGAUGACUUUCGUUUUUGUAUGGGACUUUUACCGGCUUAUAUCAACAAAAUAGAAGAAUUAGCUAUUUCAGAACAGAACACACCUGGUCAAGUUUAUGCUUUUCUGUCUUUUUUUCGAUCAUUUGCAUUAUUUCAACAACUUCGAAAACUUUAUUUUCAUUUUAAUGAUCAAGCUCUUGAUUGGAAUAUUAUUCAAGAUGCUCUGCAUUCCUUAUUAAAAACGAAAGUUGAUACUUUAUCAAUCAAGGCAAGUAUCAAAGAAAAUAGAUUCGUAUUGGGAACCACUAUUGCCCGUCUAUUUGGCUUAAACUCGUUAAAAAGUUUUUCUCUCUUGAGCGACCUCGAUAAUAUGAACUGGAAUGAUUUAGGAAAUAUGUCGUCAAAUAUUGAACAUUUGACUAUUUCUGGUAUACAUUGUAGAUUUCAAGAUCUACAGUAUAUUUUCCAAUGUACUCCCCGUCUUAAAUAUCUUGAUGUUGAAAUAGUCGGUAGGAGAAUGGCUUUUUAUGGUGAAAAAGGAAAGCAUUCAAAAAUAAUCAUUCCCUUAAUGUCGACACUUCGUAAACUUAUUUUAUAUUUUGCUGACAACAGUUUAGUAACGAUGGAUAUGUUAACAGAAUACUUGAAUUCUAUGCUUGCUUUAAAAUAUCUUGAGAUCAAAGCACACAGUGAACUUCUUGAUGCAAAUGGAUGGAAGUUGCUGUUGGAAACAUCGUUGCCAUUACUAACUCAUUUUAUUCUUCGAACAGCUUUAUCUCGUGUCAAAAGAAUUGGACUCGAUAAUGUGCUCUCGUCAUUUCAAAACUCAUAUUGGGUAUCAAAACAAAAUUUUAAUCUAAUGAUAACCGAACAUGAACACUGGGACUCUGAUGAUUUCGGCAUAGAUGAAACAACAUCUCAUAUUCGACAUGAAUUCGAUUGUCCUGUGAUUCGGUGUUGA